AAAAUUAGAAGAAACGAAGGGCAUUUUAGUACUAGUAUCUCGAAUGAAAAUAGAAGGGUACUAUUGUCCAACCACCGAACUUAGCGAAUCCUGCAAAAUAACAGGAACAAGCAGGAGACGCCGUCGUGACAAACGCCGGUGGUUCCGACAACCAUGAUAAAUCGCGGCCGUUUCUGUCCCUCGGGCGUUUAGAAAGACUACCCGUGUCCUCUGUCUCUCUCUUCGUCUUGUUAAGCGGUAACCCUUCCCAUUGUCGGUUCUUUUGCUUCUUCCCUGGUUCACAAGAACGCCUGCCUCAAGCGUAAAACCUAAUUUUUAUGAUCCAAUAAGUUUCGGUGCUAGGAUGAGGUGGAGCUGCAGCAUUUCUUUUCCAGUGCUCGUUGUUCUCUCGGCCAUCUGCUACCUCUAUUACACCACCGUCUUCAUCUUCAUAGACGGUUGGCUCGGGCUCAUGACGUCCUCUGGUAUAUUAAACGCCUUCUUUUUUACGGCCAUGGCUUGUAUGUGUAUUUUCAAUUACGCCGCUGCCAUCCUGAGGGAUCCUGGUUCUGUUCCUCCUAGCUUCGUCCCCGACAUUGAAGAUGCCCAGACGCCCAUCCAUGAGAUCAAGCGUAAGGGUGGGGAUCUGAGAUAUUGCCAGAAGUGUUCUCUCUUUAAGCCUCCACGUGCCCAUCAUUGUCGUAUUUGCAGAAGAUGUGUUUUAAGAAUGGACCAUCACUGCAUAUGGAUAAAUAACUGUGUGGGCCAUGCAAACUACAAGGUUUUCUUUGUCUUUGUAACAUAUGCUGUAAGCUCGUGCAUCCACUCCCUGGCAUUGCUUAUUGGUAAUGUCACAUAUGAUGCUCAGAAAGACGAGCAGCAGAGUGAAGGCUCACUCAGAACUGCGUAUAUCAUUUCUGUUGUACUGCUAGUUCCUUUGACAAUGGCAUUAAGUAUCCUCUUGGGCUGGCAUAUAUACCUCAUUUUGCAUAACAAGACCACAAUUGAGUAUCAUGAAGGAGUAAGAGCGAUGUGGCUUGCAGAAAAGGUUGGAAAUGUCUACAGGCAUCCAUAUGAUCUUGGUCCCUAUGAAAAUUUGACAUGGGUACUGGGUCCAAGCAUUUUUAGCUGGGUAUACCCCACGUCAGGACAUGUGGGUUCAGGCCUCCAGUUCCGAACUGUCUAUGAUAGGGCAAAAUCAAUGUCGACUUUGAGAUAGAUGAAGCUGCCAGUAGCUUGGUUUCAGAACACCCAAGGCAAAUUGAUUUUAGCUAGUUACUUGUAACGUGGAUGAGAUGCAGUCAGGCUGUGAACAAAAGCCGGUUGUUGAUUUCAACCUCCAGAGUGUAAAUUACUGUUUGGGCAUCCCAUAUUCCU